UCAUACUAUACUAUCAUGAUCUCUCAAUUACGCUCAGCAGUUAGUCGUAACAUUGCGACGGUCAGUCGUCAAUCAAUUCGCCCAUCAAUUGUUAGCCGUCGUAACUACAGCGCUGCACCACCUUCAAUCUACGGUCCAGGUGCAGAAGAUGGUACAGUACCAACAGACGAAGACCAAGCAACUGGUAUUGAGAGAAUGGAAUUACUUGCAAAAGCACAAGGAAGUGAACUUUUCGAUAUGCAACCACUCAAAGUUGACAGAAUGGGCACAAUGAAGGAUCCAAUUAUCGUACCAUCACUUACCCCAAUCCGUAUCGUUGGUUCUACAGGAUACCCUGUUGACUCAAAUGACACCGUUUGGCUCACCCUUGAUGUACGCGUUAAUGACGGUAUUGGUCGCUGCCCAGAAUCUGGCGUUGUUUACAAGCUCGACUACCAAGGCGCACCACUCGAUGAACACCACCACUAGAUUGAUUGGUAGAAAAUCAUUUAAUAAAAAUACAUUUCUUU